AUUGAUAUAGGCAUUGGGUAACGCCAGUGCAAUUUAUUUAAAUCAAAUUUUUUCCAAUCACAGGCAUGGCCUUUGCUAGAUGAAUCUUGGCCCGGCAACGGUUGCUGAUUCUGAUGGCAUUGAUUGCUAGCCUUGUUUGUCUCUUUUUCUCUGGAAUUAAUCUCUGGGGAGCAAACAUGAUUAGCUAUCAAUCCACUUCAAUUGUGGUACACUUUGACGGAAAAGGUUGUGUUGAAAUGUGUAUGAGUGAAGUGGCUUUUUCAAGACAGUACGUUGCUGUGACCUAUGGAACCAAUUCCCCAAUCACACACAACACGCACAACGAUGGUGGAAAUCAAGAAAUGGUAAGAUUGUAAA